GGCUCGGGAUGAUCCUCCCCGCGGAAAAGAGGAGCGCCGCGCCCGGGGCCUGGGCGGCUGCAGGCUCAGCCCACGGCAAGGCACUGCUCAAGAUGAGCUCCUCGUCGCUGCUGCAGGAGAGCUCCAUCGAGCCGCCGGUGCUGCUGAGCGACAUCAAGACGGAACCCCCGGAGGAGCUCUUGGCCAGCGACUGCAGCCAGCCCCAGGCGGAGCCGGUUGACCUGUCCCUCAACAAGCCCAAGGCCUCGCUGCAGCCUCCCUUGUCGCUGCCCUCCUCCAUCCGCUCCUCGCCCAUGCUGGCAAUGCCUCCCGUCCAGGCCCCCGUGGUCUCCAUGUCGCCCACGGGGCUGGGAUCGUCCUCGGCCAUCCCUGCGGUGCUUUCCCCGGGCUCCAUCCUGGCUUCUACCCAGGGCAGCGGCGGGCAACAGAUCCUGCACGUCAUCCACACCAUCCCCUCCGUCAACCUCCCCAGCAAGAUGGGCAACCUUCAGACCAUCCCUGUGGUGGUGCAGUCCCUGCCUGUGGUGUAUACGACGAUGCCCAGCGACGGUGUCACCGCUGCCAUCACUGUCCCGCUCAUUGGUGGCGACGGCAAGAACGCUGGCUCUGUGAAAGUCGACCCGAGCUCCAUGUGCCCCGUGGAUAUGAACAGCGACAGUGAAGACAGUGCCGUGGAGAGCGGCCCGGCGUUCUUCUCAGACCUGCAGAGAGAGCCCUCAGUGGGACGGAUGCAGCUGGCAGAGUCUCCUGACCUGAAGAAGAGGCGGAUCCACCAGUGUGACUUCGAGGGCUGCAACAAAGUUUACACAAAGAGUUCACACUUAAAAGCACACAGGAGGAUACAUACAGGAGAGAAGCCGUACAAAUGCACCUGGGAGGGCUGCACCUGGAAGUUUGCUCGCUCCGAUGAGCUGACUCGGCACUUCCGAAAGCACACGGGCAUCAAGCCUUUCCGUUGCUCGGACUGCGACCGCAGCUUUUCUCGCUCCGACCACUUGGCUUUGCAUCGCCGGAGGCACAUCAUGAUGUGAGGGGGAUUACCCCCGCCCCCUUCGGCCAUGGAAGGAGGAGAACAGGUCCCCACAGCUGGCUGAGUUCCUGC